AUGGCUGGAACCAAGCCUCCUAAGCCCUUCGACUUCCAGAACGCAGCGGACUGGCCCGCCUGGAUGGACGAAUUUGACGACUACAGAUUCGUGUCUGGGCUACUUGGAAAAAAUACAAAGUUCAAACGAGAGCGUCAUCAACUGCCAGCAAUUGAGCAAGUUAUGGGAAGCUUCCAGGAAGCCAAAGUCUCCUCCAGGAUCGGCCGUCUGGAAAUGGAGGCUGCCUUUGGACGCCUAGGUGCCAGCCCGCCCUUCUUCUCGAGUGGCCUGAAGCCUCAAGAGGAGGAAGAGCGGCGGCAGUUCGUGGCUUCGGGCACGAGCAGUCGCGAGGCAGAUUUCUUCGCUGAUGUUGAGGCAGUUUAUCGGGAGAUUUAUGGCUACACGCGUACAAUCGCAAGGUCGGUCAAGAAGUGGUGUCUCCAGGACUUUGAGAUUGGUCGGCCACUUGGCAAAGGCAAGUUUGGCAAUGUGUACCUCGCACGCGAGAAGACAACCAAGUACGUCGUGGCACUGAAGGUCAUGUUCAAGUCUCAGCUUCAGAAGAACGGCGUGGAGCAUCAACUUCGACGGGAGAUUGAGAUCCAGUCUCAUCUCAGGCACCCGAACAUCCUGUGCCUGUUCAACUGGUUCCACGAUGAGACGAGGGUCUAUCUGAUCCUGGAGUAUGCGCCUCAGGGCGAACUCUACCGCCAGCUUACUUCGGCCAGGCGUUUCACUGACAAGAGAGCUGCCACUUACAUCUACCAGCUCUGCAAUGCGCUCAAGGUCUGCCAUGCACAAAAGGUCAUCCACCGCGACAUCAAGCCGGAAAAUCUUCUCGUCGGCAUUAAUGGCGAGAUUAAGAUUGCAGACUUCGGCUGGUCCGUGCAUGCACCUUCAUCCAGAAAUAACAUCAGUAAAAAUGCGUACAAACUGGUCAAAAAAGGAAAACUGUGCUUAAGCGCUUGA